AUGUCAAAUGUCGACAAUUGUUUCCCAGACACGGAGUGUUGUGGACCAAGACCCCAUGAGCUAACAGAUGACACCCAGAUCUGUUGCAAGGACAGACUGCAUCCAACGGCGGGCGGGCGUACAUUGUGCACCGACGGCAUUGUCCACAGCCCAAUGGAAACUGUCUGUGAUGGAGUGCGAUACGAUGUUGCCAACGGCCAGUGCUGCGGCAAGGUGAUCAUGGAUGACACCAAGAUAUGCUGCCAAGGUUUCAUAUAUUCUAAGGAAGACCACGGCACUGAAUGCUGCGGGAAGGUAGCCUAUGACCCAUCGGCUCUACCAUUGCCUCUCUGCUGCGACGGCACUCUCCACCUGGAUGCCUCAGACCUCCAGUGCUGCGGCAACCAGGUCAUUAACUCAACUGAACGAGAGUGCUGUGGAGUAGAAGGCCACCGCUUCGCCUUCCUGAGGAGUUCCGGUCAGACGUGUUGCGGCCUAACCGCCGGUGAUUACGACUCAUCCCAACACACCUGCUGCCAGGGUUUGCUGCACAAAUUUCUGCCAAAUGGUGAAUGCUGCGGAAAUGCUGUCGUAAGGGAUACCUCCAAAGAAGUCUGCUGCGGGGGUCUAAUUCAGAGAAAACAGUAUAAAGAAGACACACUGUGCUGCAAUGGUCACAUACUGGACAGUCGUCGUUUCACUUGCUGUGGCAAUGUAACCCUUCAACGCCGGUCCCGCUUGCCAUACCGAUGCUGCAAUGGCAUCAUCUUCAACAGGCAGAGUCAGCUGUGUGAAGCAGGAGAGGUGCGGGCCAAGGACAGCGAAGAAACAACUGCCGUCGAGGAAACAACAAAUGCGCGGAGAAUGUUUGCAAGGCAGACUGAGCAUGCCCAGAGGUUCACCCGGGACGCAACGGACACAGCGGACUACGAUAUCCAACUUACAACUGAGGCAGAGGGACAGACUGCUCAUGUCCAGGAGAGGAUGAUGCCGUGGCUACCGGGUGCAACAGAUGCAACUCCGGUAGCAUGUGAUGGCCUCAGCUACGACAUUCAAGUUCAAGGGUGUUGCCAGGGUGUUCUAUACAGGCUAGCCAAUGAGACCUGCAUGAAUGGUUCAGUACUGGGCCUAUGUGAUAGCCAGUCUGUGUACAACCCACUCACCCAUGGCUGCUGUGGAGGCCAAGUCUACAACCAAAGCAUCAAGUACUGCGAUGAAACAACGACCUUGGUCAGUUACAACAGUGAGUCAUCAGAACAAAGCAAUGACAUCAAACCCAGCACGAGUGCACCUGAGGACCAACUGUGUGGAGGACGAGUAUAUAAUCAGACUCUGCAGGGCUGUUGUGAUGACAGACUCUACAAUCUCAUCACUGAGUACUGCCGUGACAACAGCACAGUGAUGCCAAUGGUUCCCAGUCAACCAGACAGAAGGGAAUCAACCACAGCCUCCACUACCACUACCGCUAUUGAAUCAACAACUGACGAAGGCUUCAUGUUGGUAACUCAGGAGCCGUGCUCAGUCAUCCGAGUGCGAGAGAAUGCAUCAGAGGAGAUGGAUUGCUGCGGUAGCCUCCUGUACCACCCCUUGAAUGCAACCUGCUGCCAGGGCAUCACCGAUCAAGGGGAUGGCACGGUGGUUGCCUGGAGUGCUGUCACUGAAGAUGUGGUCGCUGGUCGCUGCUGUGCGGAAACGGCUUACCACCCUACCCUAGCAGUCUGCUGCAACGGGGAAGUUUUUGGAAGGGCUUGGCUGACGCCAGACAUUUUCAAUGGAUGCUGCCCUGAAGGAGAGCAGUGGAACCGAAUCCUUGAGGUAUGCGAGCCCAUCCCUACCCAGGAGCCCAUCACGAUGGAUGGCUCAUCGGGCAUGUCACCUGAUGACCGUAUCUGGUAGGAAAGCAUGAGAAACGUGAAUACCAAACCCACAUCAAGUGAUGUGCAUUUACACGUUCAGCACUAUAAAAUGUAAGCUACAUUAGCAAGCACUGAAGUAAUUUUUAACAUUUAAAUAUCCAGUAAGUGUAUUUAAAGCACUCCAUAAUAUGCAACAUUAAAUGUUGCACACAACCAGUGCAAUGAAUUUCUUAUUUAUCAGGUUUCAUCCAACCAGAAAGCAAUCACUUCCUGUAACUUAUUAUUUUUUGAAAACUAUAAUUCACUAUUUAUCAGUAGUAUUUAUCAGUAG